UAGAACCGUGACACGUCGGGCUGGGUUCUCGCCCGCAGCCCGGGGAGGCAGCGCAGGCAGGGAGGCACAGCACCAUCCUGACGCACGCCACAGCUCUGCACAGCAGCCAGCCCUUGGGAUCAGCCGCAGAGGAGCUGUCCCAGGCAGCAGGAUGACGCUGUGGAAUGGAUCCUUCCCCUUCUACCCCGGCACCAAUGCGUGCUUCCCCUUCGACAUCAAAUGGGCCAUCAUCAUCUCCGUCUUCCUCUCCGUGUUGGCUACUUUCAUCAUCAUCCUGCCAGGGAUCCGGGGUAGGGGGCGACUCUUCUGGUUCUUGCGGGUGGUGAUGGGCCUCUUCGUGGGAGCGGUGGUCCUCACCAUACAGUUCACCAGGGACUGGGAGACCGGCUGGGUGAAGGCAAACACCUCCUACAAGUCCUUCAGCCGUGCCAUGGUGAACGCGAACAUCGGGCUGCACAUUGGCCUUGCAGGGGUGAACGUCACACUGGUGGGAAACCCAGUGAAUCAGAUCAAUGAGACCAUCAACUACAAUGAGCAUUUUGCCUGGAGCUUCGAUGCAGACUAUGACCACAGCUAUGGUGAAGGCCUGGAGAAGGGGCUGCCCAGCCCCAUCCUCUAUGUGGCGGAGAAGUUCACCACGCAAAGCCCCUGUGGCGUGCACAGGCAGUACCGCAUCUCUGGCCACUACGCGUCCCUCACGCUGUGGAUGGCCUUUUGCACAUGGCUCAUUUCCAUCCUAUUGUUCUCCAUGCCCAUCCUGCUCUACGGUGGCUACAUGCUCCUGCUCACUGCCGCGCUGAUGCUCUUCUCGCUGCUCUUCUUCUUCACUGCGAGGAACACUCCGAAGUGUCCCAUCCAGUUUGGCCCAGCUUCCCUGAAAACAGACUAUGGUGGAUCCUUUUGGCUGACAUUAGCGACAGGGCUGCUGUGCCUGCUGCUGGGGUUGAGUGUCAUCAUCCUGAACUCUGUGCAGCCACAGAAGCUGAAGCUCGUCUUUAACCUGGACGAGGGAAAGCGAAAAGAAGAGGAGGGGCAGGACAAGUCCUACCUGCCAGUUGAGCCCAGCUCCUCUGUGCAGGACGUGCUGAUGGUCCCCCUGGGUGAGCUUUGCGAGGUGACAGCCACCCAGCUGUAA